AUAGAUUUUUGAGGUUGCGAAUUGCUUCGGAAUUAUAGUUCAUGCUAAAAAGAAAGUCCUAACGCCUGCGCUAGCUGCUUGGCGACGGGUGUAUCCAUGCGCGACUGUCUGUGUCGCAGUGAGGCCUCCGCGUUUCGCGAUUAAUGUAAAAUGGAAAUAAUCUCGUGUGUGUUUCUAAUCGUGGCAGCCGCGUACAGGCCGGCAGCGGCGUGUGCUGCCACCCAGGCGGGGAAGACAACCAGCAGCGAUACGCUCAUCUUGUGCCGGGCUUGCGGACAUGAAUUGGCCUUCGGCUCGGACACCAUCGCCACAGUGCACAGCCACAUGGCGUUGUCCACCCGCAACGAUACACUGCCCGGUGGCCGACGGGUGCACGUCCAGGUUUUCGAAAACCCGCACGGCCUCCAGUUUGAGCUGGUCACCUUCCGCAAGGCGGACGUCGACAAACGGUGGCCCGCGGAGAAGCUCUUUUCCUGGUUCCCCGGGUUCUCGUGGACCGUGGCCUCAUGUCCGCGGUGUAGGACGCACUUAGGUUGGGCCUUUCAGCCGAACUCGUGGCCUGCCACCAUUACGCCGUCCAAGUUUGAGUCUUCAGACCAGACCUUCCUGGCUCUCAUCGUAGAUCGUCUGCUGAGAGAAGACUAUGCAUCCAGCCUGCUGGUCACGCCAAAAUCCUUCGUCAGCUGA